AUGUCUUCUUCCAACGCCAGCCAGCAGAGAGAUAGAAUAUCUACACAGCAAUACCAAUGUGAUCAAUGUGUCUUGUUUUUUGAUAACUACCAGAAGCUGCAAAACCACAAGAGAAUUCACAGAGGAGAUUCAGCAACAAUGACUGAAAUUGACCAGUCUAUUCUGGAUGAUGUUGACAUGUACCAUGACGAAAAUGAUACUAGUAAUGAAGAUGAAUCUGUUAGCAAUUCAGAAUAUACUAUGGAGUCUAUGGAGCUUGAUAAUACUAUUUCAUAUAAGUGCGCAUGUAAUUUUGAGGGCAGUGAGGGUGAAGCUCACAUUUACGACAGCAGCCAAAUCAGUACAAAUACUUUUACCAAGGCCGAGUUGAUGAGUAUUCAUCUGUCUCAAUUGAUGCUACAACAUAGAAUUGCUAGAGCAGCAUAUAGAGACAUUGUUCAAUUUAUAAACACUGUCAUCCGAGACCAUGACGAUAUAAUGAUGGAGAUCACUAAGGCUAAGAUCAGUCAUGGCGAAACUGUUGAUGCUUUGCUCAAGUCAAAGUCAAGUGUCAAGGGCCAUGAAUAUACCAACAAAUACCUUUUGCAACUGGCAAUCUUGCCUGGCCCCAAGAAGCCAACUCAUUUGGACUCCUUUCUUAUACCCAUCAUCAAUGAAUUGCGAGAUCUUGAGGCACAUGGCUUGGUUGUCAAGCACAAUGGAGUGGAGCUUUGCAGAUCCAAGGUCUAUCUUCUGCUUGCUUCUGGCGAUAUUCCAGCUGUAGCUGAUAUGGCCCACAUUGGUUCCCAUACAAGUUUAUUUGGUUGCCGUUUUUGUGAGACCAAAGGCAAAUGCCCUACUAACAGACGGCAUGGCAUGUACUUUGAUGACAUUUCUGCCUGGUUAAGACCUUUGGAAGACUUCAAAGUAGGCAACCCUUCCAAGAACAUAUAUCAGCCGAGCGUAUAUACCCAACUCUCAACCUUCUCUGGAUCAUCAUUUUUUGCAUUAGAUGAACUUCAUUUAAUUGCAAGAGGGAUUGGAAAGCUUGUGUAUGACCUGAUUACCGUCACCCUCACAAAGGAAACCAAAUUUUAUUAUACCCAUUCAGACAAUACCCUCAAUACCACCGAAUACCCUUUUCAUAUACAAAGAGCAGACCUUGUAACAAUCGGAAACUGUAUCACCAGCUCACGAAAAUAUAUACCCACCUCAUUUCAAGGCAGUUUCGACAACGUAUUUGCCAAGAUCGAUGGUACUUGCGCAGUGGACUGGCUUGACUUUCUCUUAUAUCUUGUCCCCACUUUGGUCGUGCCUUAUUUACCAAAUAGGGCUGUCAAAACAGCUCUAUUAUCUCUCAUGAAAGGUUGCGUGCUUGCCUUGCAAUGGACGUUGACAUCAGAAUUGUUUGAUGAGAUGGAGUCAUACUUCAAGCACUGGCACUCGUUUUUAUACCAACAAGUCCAGAAUAAUACCCUGUCUCAUAGUGUUUUCCAACCAGUGCAACAUUACCUGGUCCAUAUACCCUAUAUCAUCAAGCAGCAAGGCCCCCUGCAAUGCUACUCCACUCGCUCAAUGGAGAGAGUAAUUGGUGUCUUCUCGAAAUUGAUAAAGUCCAAAUCAAAGGGUGGCCGAAACGCCAGUUUUCUCGUCGAGCUAUUUGUGAUUCACAAUUAUACCAGCACGGCAAUCAGCAUCUGUGAUGAAAUCAACCUCAUUCGGCCAAAGCCAUAUGGAAGAGAGAGCUACAUGGACCUUCCUAAUGAUCCUAGUGGUGCGCAGUUGUGGGAGCCAUUUCAUCAGUUUGUUAAUUUGAAUGAUGAUUCGGUAGAAGGUGUAGGCGGCCCUAGUGUGAAGGAAGCUUUAUUGAAAUACUACCGGAGAACAACAGGCUUGACUGGCCACGAGUUUGGUGACUCUGUUGUUGUUGUAGCUGCACGUCUGUGGAUGGACUCGACUGUAUAUUCCUCAUGCAUGUACCGAAGAAAGAAAAACGAGACCAGCUGUGGCAACCAUUACGUGAUGUUUACUUGCCCCUAUAGAAACAACCGUAAUGUAAUUGUUCACAGCUGGCUCGUCGGUACAGUACAGUUCUACUUUCAGCAUGUAGAUUUCUAUGGCUUCCCACACUUUCUUGCUUUCAUGGAGGUCAUGAAGGAACAUGACGCGGCUGGUCAUGACUCAUCAGUACCUAUCGUCAAACAACGGUCACAAAGCACCCGUACACUAGGCCACCAAACGCAACCGACUUAUGCAGUUAUAAGUGUAAAUGACAUUUGUCAUCAAGUUGGUCUGGUCCAAUACCCACCAAAUGGAAACCAGUUUUAUGUCAUCGCGCCCUACUAUAUCUUUAACAACAACAUGCGCAUUACUAAAGGCAAUCUUUCCAUUCUGUAA